GUCCUUUCUUUUCUUCCUUGCAUCGCUCGUAGAUCUAUGGACCGAUAGGAGGUAUACAUACUUACAUACCUAUCUGCCAGUAGCAUCAUUUCUUUUCUACUAAUUACAGAGCCUAAGUGAUGCUUUCAUAACUAAAUCACCAAAUCGAUUAUCUUGUUCAUUGCGACAGAAAGAGCAGCACCUAACAGUACCUCCUAGACCAAUACCGCCCUUUAGAAGUCGCGGUCAACUCGGUACUAUAGUGCUGGUGACCCAAUCGUUCAAACCAUCUCGUUGUAAUAAGUGCAUAGAGCCAAGGUGGCGGUUAACUUGACGCCCACUACAACUUCAUCAGAACCAAAUGAUUCAAUAACAUUCACUUCACCGGCAUAUCACUGCUUACUUGCCUUGCGCUGCUGCAAGGACGAUUCAGGAGUUACUUAACAGUCUGUCCGAGACUCCGAGUUUGAUCUCUAACUACCUAAACAAUGCCGACUCUCGCCCCUACCAACUUCAACAUUGUUGUUAGUGUGCUGGGAGGGUGGAUAUCAGUCUUCGGUCUGGUAUCUUACCUUCUCAAGGAGAAUUUCUAUCUUUCCGAAGCCCUCAUAUCACUCCUGGCUGGCCUCGUCUUCUCUCCCCACGCUGCUAACUUUGUCCGCCCGCUUGAAUAUGCAGGCUCGGAAGAAAACUUAAAUGCGAUCACGUUAUAUUUCACCCGCCUUGUUCUCGGAGUCCAGCUCGUUCUAGCCGGCGUUCAACUACCUAGUCGCUAUUUGAAGAAAGAAUGGAAACCACUGGCUUUACUUCUGGGGCCGAUCAUGACGGCGAUGUGGAUAAUAACAAGUCUACUCGUCUGGGGUCUGGUGCCAAACUUGCCUUUCCUUCAUGCUCUCGCGAUUGGGGCUUGUGUGACGCCAACCGAUCCCGUGCUAUCCAAUGUUAUAGUGAAGGGGAGGUUCGCCGAUCACAAUGUCCCCAAGGACCUCCAGAAGAUCAUCAUCGCCGAGUCCGGGGCUAAUGAUGGCCUCGGAUAUCCCUUCUUAUUCUUUGCCUUAUACCUCGUCAAGUACAUUGGCGACGGUGGCGUGAAUGAGCAAGGGGGUGCCGGCCUCGCUAUGGGCCUCUGGUUCGGAGAGACCUGGGGAUAUACUAUCCUUCUUAGCGUGGUAUACGGCGCGGUCGUUGGCUGGAUCGCUAAGGAGUUGCUUCAUUUCUGCGAAGAACACAAAUUCGUGGAUCGCGAGAGCUUCCUCGUCUUCGCAUUCUCGCUCGCACUCUUCAUUACUGGUACUUGUGGUAUGAUCGGCAGUGAUGAUAUUCUGGCCUGCUUUAUUGCCGGGAAUGUUUUUACUUGGGACGACUGGUUCCGCUUGGAAACACUUGAUGAUUCUCUACAACCAACUAUAGAUAUGCUUCUCAACGUGACUAUAUUCAUGUGGUAUGGCGCGGUAUGCCCGUGGCAUAGUUUCAUAGCUAAUAGCAUCAUUCCGAUCUACCGCCUAAUCCCACUCGGAAUCUUAAUACUGCUAUUUCGGCGUCUACCGCUUAUCCUAGCAUUCUAUAAGAAAAUUCCCCAGAUAUACGGCUUUCAACAGGCAGUCUUCAUGGGUUUCUUUGGGCCAAUUGGGUGCUCAGCUAUCUUCUAUCUAUACGCGACGUUAGAAUUCAUCGAUACAUUGAACCCUAACCAGGGAAGCGUGGCGAGGUGGGAUGUGGCUCAUCUCAAAGAGAGUGUAUCGGUCUUAGUCUGGUUCAUGGUAAUAUGCAGCGUUGUUGUUCAUGGGCUUAGUAUCCCCCUGGGAAAGUUUGGAUUUUACCUCCCUCGAACUAUUUCAAGGUCUCUGUCCUCACCUGAGGACCUGUCUUUCCAAAUAGGUGCACGAAUAAUCCCACGGAGCCGUUCUAGGGACGGGACAGCGACUCACACCUCUGCCGACUCUCGUUCCGUAUCUGUGCGACCCGUUUAUAAGGUCGGUGGUUCCAUUAUUACGGAGCACACGGGGACUACGGCGGACGCUACUGAACUUGUCGAAUCUCGAGAUAACCUUGAAGCGGGUUCGAAACCUCUGGAGCUAGUACCAGGAUCACCCCACAGUACACCGUCACCUACCUUACCUAGCCGCACGAUUCGCUUCCCUGAUGAAGCAUCGUCAGCUGGUAAAGAAUUCCAAGACCCUAAGAGGGAUGCCACAACCGCGUCGUGAACUAUUUGACAUCCUCCCAUCAGCAAUGCCUUGGCUGCUUUUUCUUCUAGCACGACAUCUGAGGCAUAGUGUAGAGCCAGCACAUCGAUCAUUUACUACGCAUUCACUAUCUACUAGCGGAACAAUAAGCAGGGUGGCAUUCAGGCAAAAGCACUAGAGUAAGGACUAGAGUCACGAGAGCGGCUUCAUCAAGUUAUUUCAAUACUACCUUACCUAGGACGCUUAGGAGCUUCCAUCUUCGUGGUAGACAGAUAGAUAGAUAUUUUUUCUUUUUUGAAAUUCGUUCGGCAAUCUGAUCGCCUUGUAAUUUAAUAGUAACACACUCGUCUCAUUUUAUAAUAUAUUUGCAAAUACCGGAU